CGAGUCCUUGAGCACCGGGUUGGCCCAUUCGACAGGGAUUUUCACAAAGUCCUCCAACAAAGUACAAGUACACUAUACUUAAGGUGGCGUUUAACCACACCUGUUCCUGCACUCAGAUAUCUUUGCCUUUCGUGCCCUUGAUGUUCAUUAACUUCGAUACCUGCCUCUCAAGCUACUGAGUCCUGCCCCUCAUUCACCCUGUUCCUUUCAGUUGACAUGGCUCGGUGAUAGCGUUCAACCAUUUCAAAAAUCUUGUGUUGAUGCGAGGCCACCGCUUAGCGACUGUCAAUGUCACCAUCAUUUUGACUAGCCGUCGCUUUCUCAAAGCCACUCUGUUUCCUUGAACCCUCGUCUAGUUUUAGGACAGUGUCAGUUUUUCAGCAGAGGCGUCUCUUCAAGAUGCGUCGUGUUGCCGACCGCCCGGCCACAACGCCGUUGUUGAGUAAAGAAUUGGCCCAGCCGAUGAAUGGGGGAUCCGAAUAUGGAACUCAGGGCCCAAAUCAAAGCGUACCCUUGGAUUUCCCUAUGGCAAGCUGGACGUGGGCAAAACCAUACAAUGGCAAACGGCCGCUGCCCCAGACCAUUGCACACCGAGGCUUCAAAGCGGAACACCCUGAGAACACGAUGAAUGCUUUCAGAGGCGCCGUCGAAGUUGGGGCUCACGCACUCGAGACUGACAUUCACUUGUCCAAAGAUGAUGUGGUUGUCCUGUCCCACGACGCAGAUCUGAAACGGUGUUUUGGCAAGAAAGAAAAAAUAAUCGAUUGUGAGUGGGACUAUUUGAGCACCCUUCGCACAACCAAGGACCCUCACGUACCUAUGCCACGUCUCCGAGACCUGCUUGAAUACGUUGCACAACCGGGCUUGGAGCAUGUUUGGGUAUUUCUCGAUAUCAAAUUGGACAACAACUCGGACGACGUAAUGAGACUGAUAGCAAAGACGCUGGCCUCGGUGGAUCCCGGUCAACGAGCCUGGGAGGAAAGGGUUGUCCUCGGGAUCUGGGCAGCCAAAUUCCUGCCUUUAUGCGUGAAAUAUUGCCCAGGCUACCCGGUAUCACAUAUCGGAUUCUCGACCUUUUACGCCCGGCAGUUCCUGAAGGUGCCGAAUGUGUCGUUCAAUAUGCUGCAGAAGAGCCUGUUUGGUCCUUUGGGCGCUCGAUUCAUGAGAGACGUACGCAGAGCCAAUCGCCCACUCUUUGCUUGGACGUAAGUCUGCCUGUUUGGGGAAUCUUUUCUCCUUGGUCCAAGGUCUUGUUCUUUGGCAAAAACCCCGAGAUCGAGAAAUCCCUCUCGUAGACGCAUAUUCAAGGGCGGCGCUAACGCGAUAGUGACGGUAGUGUCAAUGACCCCAAUCUCAUGAGAUGGUGUAUUCAACACAACCUAGAGGGAGUCAUCACAGACGAUCCCAAGACGUUCAAGAAGAUCUGCGACGAAUGGGACGAACAAAGAGAGCCAGAAGCCAAAAUCACCUGGGCCCAGUGUCUCUAUACGUUGUGGAUAUGGAUUAUGAUUGCGAUUUUCUCCAGACGUUUCAGGCGCAAAUUCCCGGAGACGGUCGAGCAUUUCGUACAACAAAAUAACCUGAGAGUGAAGCCUGUCGAGGCCGCCGAGGACUGAUCACUCCAGUUUGAGCAGCUACCAAAUAGACUGAGGAGGAAACAAAUGCCCUGGGUUGGGUAACAUGAUAAAAACAAAAGCAAGACUGGACUUCAGUCCAUUCAUAGACUCGAGAGAUUUCAUAUCGGCCCUAGGUAGGCACCGAGCGGACCCUUCGU